UCUGGGGACGGUGCGUCGCAAUCUCUCCCUGAGUCAGUACGCGAGUUAAUGUUCGAUGGUCCUGGUCCCUUGCUGUUGACACAGCUGUUAGGGCAAACACACACACACACACCGUUCGCUCAGGAUUCGGACGGGUCACCGCAUGGCAGGCUGUGGGAGUCCGUGAUCCGAAGGCUGUUCUGACAGUCGCUCACAACUUGGAGUCCUGGACUGGAUGGCCUCAGGAUUCUGAUCUGGAUUCUGAUUGAAUGCUUACGGAACCAGGUGGAUUGUGAUCCGGUUUGUGAUUGGAUGUUUACGGAACCAAGUGGAUUCUAAUCCGGUUUGAGAUUGAAUGCUCAUGGAGCCAAGUGGAUUCUAAUCUGGUUUGAGACCGCAUUCGUAGUGUCGAGUGUGUUCUGAUCCCGUUUGAGAUCAGAUCGCGUACUCUACGCCACGGGACCGGGUCAGCGCCGGUGCGUGGGUAUGCGCUGGUCGGAGUGGACGUGCGGGCUGGCGAGGGCUAGCCGCUGCUGGCCAGAGGAGGCGUGGGGUCCAGACGAGUACAGAGCCGCCGUGCCGGCCCCACCUGAGCCACAGAACUCCACGCAGGAGAUCGGCGAGGAGGUGGAGGAUGGGGCGGUGUACACCAUCACGCUGCGCAAGGUGCAGUUGCACCAGACGGCCAGUAAGGGGCAGCGCUGGCUGGGCGUGGAGAUGGACUCGGCGCUGAGCCUGUACGAGACCUGCAAGGUGCGCAGCAUCAAGGCGGGCUCGCUGGAGCGGCUGGUGGAGUACAUGACCACCGCCUUCAGCGCCCGGGACUCCACCUACGUGGCCAUCUUCCUCUGCACCUACCGCGCCUUCGCCUCCACCCAACAGGUGCUGCAUCUGCUGCUGCACAGGUAUGCCAAACUGCAGUCUCAGCCCAAUGCACUGGAGUACCAGCCAGAGCAGGAGGACCAGACCGAGCUCAAAAACACCAUCUCCUCCAUCCUCGGGGCGUGGCUGGACCAGUACUCGGAGGACUUCUGGGCCCCGCCGGACCACGGCUGCCUGAGAGAACUGGUCACGUACCUGCAGGAGAACUUCCCCGGGUCCGACCUGGAGCGCCGCGGGCAGAACCUUCUGGAACACUUCCAGCGCAAGCAGCAGUACGAGACGGACAUGGAGGGAGAGCUGGGUUCCUGCCCAUUCGCCACUCCAGAGGAGAACGUCUUUGAGGACGAGCUUCCUGCGCUGGACUUCCUGUCCUUCAGCCCAGUGCUGGUGGCCGAGCAGUUCACGCUGAUGGACGCGGAGCUGUUUAAGCGGGUGGUGCCGUACCACUGCCUGGGUGGCAUCUGGUCUCAGCGGGACAAGAAGGGCAAGGAGCACGUGGCACCCACCGUCCGCGCCACCGUCGCCCAGUUCAACAGCGUGGCCAACUGCGUCAUCGCCACCUGCCUGAGCCCGCGCGGCCUCAAGACCAGUCAGAGGGCCCGGCUCGUGGAGCGCUGGAUAGAGGUCGCCAGGGAGUGUCGGAUCCUGAAGAACUUCUCGUCUCUGCGGGCGAUCCUGUCGGCGCUGCAGUGUAACUCCCUCCACCGGCUCAAGCGCACCUGGGAGGAGGUGUCCAGGGAAAAUAUCCGCACCUUUCUGGAACUGUCCGAGAUCUUCUCAGAUGACAACAACCACUCUGUGAGCCGAGAGCUGCUUGUCAAGGAGGGCACGUCCAAGUUCGCCACGCUGGAGAUCAACCACAAGCGAGCGCAGAGACGCCACCAGCAGCAGAGGGACCUGGGAGUAAUGCAGGGCACUAUCCCCUACCUGGGCACCUUCCUGACUGACCUGGUGAUGAUGGACACGGCCAUGAAGGACUAUGUGGAGGGUGAACUCAUCAACUUUGACAAGCGCAGGAAGGAGUUUGAGGUGAUCGCCCAGAUCAAGCUGCUCCAGUUGGCCUGUAACAACUACAGCUUCACACGCAGCUCGCGCUUCAGAGAGUGGAUCAGCAGCGUGGAGAAACUCACCGACUCAGAGAGCUAUACUCUGUCCUGUGAGAUUGAGCCUCUGUCUGAGUCUGCCUUCAGCACUCUGAAGGGCAAGAAGAACACGGGCGUGGUGAAGCGAGUGAGCGAUCGUCAGUCUGACGGUGGUGAUGGUGUGUGUAACCGCCUGAGUGACGGUGUGUGUGGUCGUGUGGGGCCGCCCACUCCAAGUCUCUGGACCAGCUGCGCUACCCGUCGCCCCAGGCGCGCUCCAAGGUGUGUGUGUGGGACGGCGCCGACUCGCUCAGCGUCACCUCGGCCGGCUCCAGCAGCUCCGACCUGGAGGGCGCCAAUGACAGCUUCCUGUCCGACUCACCGGACUCCACCCAGGACAGGAAGCUGUGGGAGUGUGCGUCGCUGUGUUCUCUGGACACCUCUGGCAUGGGCUCCAGCUCCAGCUGUGCGUCCACCUGCUCCGUAGCGUCCACCCCGGUGCCCUCGUCUGCGUCCACGUCGUCACGGCAACUCAAGCACAAGCGCUCGGCCUCCGCGGUGUCCUGCUCCUCCUCGCUCUCGCUGCCCGUCUACAACCAGCAGGUGGACGACUGCUGCGUCAUCAGGG